AAUUUAAGGAAGGUCAAACUACGUAGUCAUUGGUAGCCAAUUUGAUUAUCUACUUUAGGAUAGACCCUAACUGUACGAAGGCCAAUCAUCAAUAGGAUGUUUGCGGUUCUAAUUGUAGCACUUUUGUCUUCAAUAGAGUUGGUGGAAGGUGGAUGUAGCCGCAUAUGUACCUUUGAGCCAGGUGCUGCUAAGUACAACAGAUUUGAUCUACCUGAUAUUCUACCAUCACUUUGCUCACAUAUAAUAAUCGGCAGUGCUUACAUUACUGAUUCCGCAAAUCCAAGAUUUCUAUUUGACGGACCGGUCAGCAUAUACCUCACUACAUUAAAAGCUCUCAAGAAAGCAAAUUCCGACUUAAUAAUUGUGUUGCUAGUCAGCAGCCGUCGCGGGUACACACUUGACCCCACAUUUCAUCAUAUGAUGAAGUCGCACGAUGGACGACGACAUUUCGCUCUGAAUGUCGUAAUGUAUUUGCGCGACAAUGAUUAUGGUGGUAUUCUAUUAAGAAACGAGUUUUCUGAAAUGAUGAAGUCUGACAAAAACGCUUAUGUUCUUCUUCUUAAGGAAACUGCUGCAGCUAUCCGAAAUGAGGCGAGGGCAUCUGGAAAACAGAAGCUGCUGUUUUUAUCUACAUUAUCUGAGAGAACAAAAAUGGACUCUCUUGAGCUCAACGCUGAUGUGAACGGAAUAUGUCGGGAAGCGGACCUGGUCAUUUUGGAGACGAUGAUGUUUAAACCACACUUCAAGCCUUUACGUCAUUCACGCCAUAAUCGUUUGUUUCGUGAAACACCAAAUGAUUCUAGAUCUAUUGAUUACGUCACUAAUCACGUGAUCUCUAAAGGGUGUCCAAAAGAAAAACUUCUCAUUGCAAUAAUUCCUUUUGUUCUGCUUUAUGUUGAGAAUCUGUUUCCUGAUUCUCAUCCCAGACACGGAACACUAUUUCAUUUCUCAAAUAAUGUACGGUAUCAACAACUAUGUCAAGAUUAUCUUUCUUCUGCCAAAAAAUUCCGACUGUUUGAUAGCACUCCAUAUGCUGCAGGAAGAGCUGUUAUAAGCCAUAGAACAAGAGAUUAUAUACUUCACUACGAUGAUGUUGUCAGCGUAAAAAAGAAGGUUGAUUACAUAAAUGAAAAAGGUCUUGCUGGUAUCGUCGUAUGGGAAUUCAUUUACGAUGAUUCUAUGGGUAUAUGUUUUGAUGUAAGAGUCCCUCUUCUAAAGGCGGCUAACGAGAAAUGCAGGUAAAUGAAAGAUUAUCAGAAUUGAGAUUAUCACUGUACCAGUAAUAUUAAAAAAAACAUCUUUUGCACAAGAACAGGGCACUACUACUGGCCUGCAGACAUUGUCAAUAUUUUC